AUGCCUGCCAGACGGACUCCAAAAGUCGAAGCACUGGUUGUGAAUGCUAUACGUAAACUGCAGGAUGUACAAGGCUCGACGUCGCGGGAAAUUAGUAACUAUAUUUCCCAGGAGUACGACUUUCCUGGCAAGGAGAUCAGACGGCAGGUUCAACUCGCUCUACAACACGGCUUAUCCUAUGGGAUCCUUCAGCGGUCGAAGGGAGGGUAUUCGUACAACCGCGACUACCUCGGGUGGUUAUCGUUGGGGGAUGGAACAGGUGACGGGGUGAUGGAACCAUGUCCAAGCCAACCAUGGAGAUUCGGCGUGAGGAAACGCCGACUUGCGAAACGCCGGCGUCAGCGAGCCCAGCGUGAGCGACGCCGGAGUGAGGGACGCGAACGCAGCCGCAGAAAAGGACGUUCUCGAGGAAGACGAAGACGCGGCAGAACACGCGGCAGAACACGCGGUAGAACGAGGAGGCGUAGAUCUCAAAGACGUCGAGGAAGAAGACAAACUAGAGGAAGAAGAAGGAGAAGAAGAGGAGGAACACGCGGAAAAGAAAGAGUUAGAACGCGCGCUGAUCCCGGCGAGAUGGAAAUGGUGGCGACGGUUUCGGAGCUGAAGGAAAACGUUUCUAAAGACGGGGAUUCGCACAAAAGCGGAACUUCCAUAUCUGAACAUUCGGACGAGCAGUGUUUACAAAAUUCUCAAACUUUAAAUAUGUCCGAUGACGUCUAAAAAUCACGAAAAUAUGAUUUUGCCGAAGAAAGAAAAAAAAGAAAUAUUUUGCGCGUACAGCAAAUUAAUGAACAAAUUAUUCGCUCGUCUCUCAACUUGAAUUCCCGUGCACAAAGUAUAUUUCUAUAGAGACAUCAUCUGAAUUUAUAUAGAUAGAAAAAAUUUAUAUUGUAAUACCUGCAAAAAGUCAGUCCUGUUAAAUUUAUAUACAAAUUUUGAUAUUUCGUGUAUUUAUAUAUUCAUAUUUUUACUCUAGUCUCUUGUGUAUGACGUAUUGAUUAUUACAACCAUUUUUCCACACAUAUGUAUUCAUUCAUAAUUUUUCAUAACGUAACAUUGCAAAUAGAAUAACAUUGCGAUCGUGAAAUAAGUCGCUACUAAUCACACUGUGAAACUCGAGCUUCCUGAGAAAUAAGCGCGACGAGCGCAGGGGUUUCGUAGGAUCCAUAGACAGCACUGAACACGGCCUUGCCGGCUAAUGAUAGUCGCGCUAAUGACGGUCUGCACACGCAUGUACGCGCGCACCGCGUGACUAUUUCGCCUAGCAACUCUAGACUAGACACAAGUCACCGCAGCAGGUCGCGGUGUUUUGCCUUGCCAGCUGUGAAUGAUAAGUGCGUGUGUAUCCAACGCGUAGGCAGAUUACAUCUCAGAACGCGCGGCUGAUAUUUAAAGAGAGGAUUUUUCAACGAAUUUCCAGUUAAUCUUUCUUUUCCGGAAUUGUUUUGACACCGUCGAUUUGAGUACGAUAAAACAGCUCUGCACAAAAUUAUUUUCCAAUAUUUUAACAACAAUUUUAAAUCUAAUUAAACACGGCCAAAAAUUUUAGAUGUACAAAAGCGAAGA